AUGUUAUGCGAUUUAAAUGUCCUAUGGCCAAAAAAAGAGAACAGUUCAUCUAAAAUAGAUUUUUCUGAAUUAGAUAAACUACUCAUGACAUUAACAGAACUUAAAUAUACUCAUGUAGCAUUGAAUUAUGUGGUUACACCAGAAAAUGUAUCUGAUGAUGAAAUAAUUCAAAUGAAUGAUUAUAUUAACUCAUUUUACCACAAGUAUUUUAAAGAUAUAACUAUUCCCAAAAUCAAAUUAUAUACUCGGAUAACUAUAAUGAUGGAAGAUCCAAGCAAAAUGCAAAAUGUGAUCAAAAAAGCUGGUACUGCUUGUGUUAAUAAUAAAAGCACCCAUUCUGGUCCUAGUACUAAAUCUAAUAUCACCAACAACACCUUUGAUAUAAUUGCUAUUAUGCCCUUGAAUGAAAAAAGCCUGCAUAAUAUAAGUACAAAUUUAGAUUGUAGCACAGUUGAUUUAAUAACGUUUGAUUAUAAUAAUCCUUAUGCACCAUCCUACUAUUUUUUAAAACACAAGACAAUAAGUGGUAUAUCAGCUAAAGGUAUUAAAAUAGAAAUAAUUUAUGCGCCUAUGUUAUCCUCAACUGGUAACAGUACCGUUAGCAGAGUCAAAUAUAUAAAUAAUGUCAAACAAAUUAUAAGAUGUAGUGGUAGAAACAGUUGCAAGAAUAUUAAUCAUAACAAUACUAGCACCAAUAAUACCAACGAUAAAAACAAGAAGAAUACCAGUAAUAACAAAAAAAAUAAUUUAAUUAUAAGUAGUGGUGCUGCGAAUAGUUUGCAAGUUAGAAAUAAGUUGGGUGUUUACAGUAUAAUGAUGCAAUUCAAUGGUAUGAAAAAUUAUAAGGGUGUUACAAAAUUGCUGGACGAUAAUCCUUUAUUAGUUUUGCUAAAUGGCAGAUUGAGGAAAAAAAGUUACCAGCAGUGUAUAGUGACAGGUGAUGAUGUUAUUGCUGACACUCAAAUCGGUAUUAGUGAUAUUAAUGGCUUUGCAGUUAGACAAAAGGAACAUGAAUAA